AUGAUGAGCAGAACGGAGAUGGUGUGCAGCAGAGGAGUGUUUGAAGGAAGACAUGCAAUUAUGCUUGAGAAUAUUUUCCAUUUGCUAUGUGGGCUUGACACGGCUCAUUUGAAAAUAGGUGUGCGAGAUAGACAGUAUGUAUUGAUCGCUGACACAGGAUAUCCGCAGCAGCUCAUGUGUUCGUUUGAGUCUCUAGGAAUCAACAUACGAGUGUUCAGCAAGUUUAUACAGAAGUCGCAAUACUGUUCGGAUGCAAUUAAGGGAGCGAUUGCAGACUGUGUUGAGAAGAAAGUGGAUGCAUACCUGAAGGACAUGGUAAGGCUCAGAAAGGAGAUAUGCAGUGUUGAAAGCCUUGUGGUAGCUAUUGGCGGGUGGAAAGACGAGUUUGAGGAAGUAAGAACGGUUAUUGAUGGAAUCAGAAGCAUGAGCGGAAUGCGAAUUUUGAACUACAUUAACGAAAGAAUGGAAAGAAUAACAUGCUUUGAGUGUCUUUACCAGGGAUUUGUUUCUGCUUGUACUGAGAUAGUGAGGGAGGAGAUUGAGUGUUGGGUUUUGGAAGGCAGGAUUCUUAGCGAUGGAUUCAUGGUAAGGAUAAAUGAGGAAUGUAGAGGGUUUGAGGAAUCGAGAUGGAGCAACAGGUAUGUGCUGGUUGAAGAGAAUGUUCCGUGCUGCUUGGCAAAGAUGCGAGACGUUGUUUUCGAUUGCGGAAGGGUAGUUAGCAUCGGUAGAGGCAUUGCAGGGAGAAAUGUGUUCAAAGACUCUCGCAAGGAAUACGAACUGGUUGGAUUGAUGGGGUUGAAUAGGUAUUUGAAUGCACAGCUAUUGGAGUUAUUGAGAUCAGACAUUGAAGGAGAAUUUGAUGAGAUGUAUAGAUAUUUGUUGCUGAAUGAUUGUGCAGUGUAUGCUGACAUGCUUGACGAGGUUGGCGACGAGGUUUUUGGAGUAAAUGAAAGGACAAUAGUUAAGAUGAAUGCAAUAAAAGAUGGUAAGCACACAGCGGGGUUUUGCUUCAAGAUUGCACAGAUGUCGCUAAAUUCCUAUGUGAUGAAGAUUCUUGGCUCAGAAAAGAAGUGGAGCCGUGAUUGUAGGGGAUCUGUGCUUGAACUUCUAACGGUGGAAUACCAUCCACGAGUACUGCGCGACUUUAUUUCGCUGAGGGUUGUUUCUGAGCUUGAGAUUCUGUUUAGGUUUUUGUUUACUCUGAUGGCGCUUUCGUAUCACAUGGAGAGGCUCAAAGGAUACAGAUUUGCAAGAGUGGCAGGCAUGGUGAUUGACAGGUUCAGAUUUGCGAUAUACUCGAGGAUGCCCCGCAUAGAAGUCAAGCAAAGCAUAGGCCAUGUGAUGGAGGCGUUUUUUUCAAACAUCAAAAGAUGGCUGAGGGAGUUUUACUUGACGAAUGAGAAGACAUAUGGCGUGUGGGGAGAUCUGUUUGAUAUAUGCUUCAGGUUUCUUGAUGCUGAAAGUGGGAUGGUGCUGUGCGGAGAGGACGUGGAUGGAUAUGAAAAGGAGUUGGCCUAUGCUUGCGAAAGAUUGAAGAUUGAAGUGAGCACACUCGACUAUAACGACUGUUUUGUGCACUUUUUGAAUGGAGUGCACUGGGAGAAGGUAUUUGAUUGA